AUGGACUUGGAGGCAACAAGAAAAGAAAGAACAGAAGUAAUCUGCUCAUGGUUUCCUCAAUACUACAAUGCUGAUCUCGAAAAGGAAAUUGAAAAGGAAAACGAAAGUAGUAACCUUUCUCAAGAAACAGUAACAGUUACUGCCCAAAAAACAAUCCUCGAGCAAGAACCCCCUAGACAGUUCAAAUAUUCCAAGUGA